GUGAGAUGGCUCAAGAUACAUUAAUAUGGAAGAUCGUGCUAGACUUCUUUAUAUUAUGCUGUUUGGCCACCCCCCUCCUGUACUUUCAGUUCUGGAGCAACCCUAACCUAGGAGGUUUCUUCGCGGAUGACCCUAGCCUCCACCUGCCGUAUACACAGCAGACUGUGCCAGAAGCGGCGCUGGCGCCGGCUGGGUUCACUCUUGUUAUUGUCACGGUAAUAAUCGUGGAAUAUGUCCGCGACAAGAAGGGGCGCAGCGUCGGCGAGAAGUUCCUCUGCGACCACCUGAUCCCCGGCUGGGUGUGGGUCAGCUACGUCACUAUUGGCAUCUUUACGUUCGGCGCGGUGGUGCAGCAGGUUACUUCGGAGACAUUGAAACACAUCGUUGGGAGGCUGAGGCCGCAUUUCUUUGAUGUCUGCCGUCCGAUCUACAACGCGUCAGACCCCGCCAAUGCUAACGGCUUCAUCCAGGUCUACUCCUGCGCAGACCCGGACGACUCGCGCACUAAAGAGCUCAGUCAGCUCAGUCUGUCAUUCCCUAGCGCGCAUGCAAGCUUCGCUAUGUACAUCGCCGUAUUCUACAUUAUAUACCUGCAACUGAAAUGCAAAUGGCGAGGUUCGAAGCUGCUUCGACACGCCGUUCAGUUCCUCGUUCUCUUGGCUGCGUUAUACGUUGGACUAUCGAGGGUUGUAGAAAACUUUCAUCACAGAGAUGACGUGGCUAUAGGCUUCGUUAUAGGAGCCAUCGCUGCCGUGCUGGUGAUGAAAUUCGUGCUGAAACCCAAGAAGUACAUGUCCGGGACGUGGCAGGACACGCCGCAGCAGAACAUCCUGCCGCGGCCGGUGUUGGCGCGGUGA